CUUCUGUGUAAAGUGUAAAGUUGUUUUGUUAUUGAACUGUGUUUAGAAUAGAUCCCGACGAGACGAGCAAAUCAAGAUUUAAUCUAUAGUAGAUUCUUAUAUUAGGCCUAAUUAGGCACACCGUAUUCGGGAACUAGGUUAUGAUGUCUUAUAGUUUAAAGCUGCUGUCUUCUUAACAAUAAACUGCCAUCAUGAGUUGGUGGGAUCCAUCAGGUAUAACUAAUCUUGCCUCACAAGCACUCAAAAAUGCACAAAAGAAAAUUGAUAAGGUUCUAGAUAUUGAUGCUGAAGGUGGUACUGACAAGAGUCAUAAAAAGAAAAAUAAAGAAGUUAAAGUUCAGGUGAAUGAAGAAGAGAACUCUGCUACAAAAGCUCAAGAAGGAGACUUUUGGUCAACAUGGAUGAGUUCAGGAGAUGCUAAAGAUGAAAAGGAAAAUCCUGAUCAUCAUUCCUCUUGGAGUUUGCCCUGGAGCAUUGCCUCCAAAAGUUCAGAAUCAUUGUCAAGUUCUCAAGCCAUUGAUGAACCUUUGACAAAGUCUAAUAACACAAUUGAUAUAAGUCAGCAAUCUGACAUAUCAAAAGACUAUGUACAUUCCCAUAAGGAUAAUGAGACAGUUCCUGAAGCCAUCAACCACUCAGAAACAGCAUUCAAUGUGCAAGAGAGUAGCAGUGUUGUGAGUGACUGGCAAGAUUUUUCAAUUGAUGAUAGUUUCUCUGAGACCAAUGUUUUAGAAAGUGCUCAGUCUUUUCAUUUAAUUCAAGACCAACAUUCUGACAUUGAUGAUAAACAAAGUGUUCCUUAUAAUACUAUGGACUUAAUGUCUCCAAGAAAUGAAGAGGUAGUCAAAAAUUCAAUGCUAGAUAUUGAAACAGACCAGAUUCAAUGUAUUACUGUGAGUUUAUCAGCUGACAACAAUUUAGAUUUAAAAACAAAGGAAAUUGCUAAUGAAAGUGAAGAAUAUGUGGAGGCAUCCCAUGAUUUUAUUGAUCAACAUUUACUUUCUGGGGAAUCAUUAAAUGAAACAUCACCACAACAGGAGGAACUUGAACUACCAGCUUUGGCUUCUUCAGCUGAGCCAGCCUAUCUAAGCUCUACCAAUGUGACAUGUGAAUCACAAGAAGUAACACUUCCAACAUAUCCAUUAACUGUGGGUGACAAACCUAAAACAUUACAGAAUAUCCUUCCAUCUCCUGACAUUGAAACCACAGAACAACAUGUUGCAGAUGAUCAGAGGUUGCUGAGAGACCUAGUGCAGGACUAUGUGAAUGUCAUUUCUAUAAGGGAUGUUGCUCAAACUGCCUCCUAUGAUGGCAGCACCGUCAGCUCUGAAGAUCUCCUUAACACUAAUACUGAGCUGGAGAUGGGUUAUUCCAGAACCAGCAGUGAUUUGGACCUUAUGGGUGGUCAUGCAAGCAGCACUGGCUCCUCAGACACCAGCAAACUGGACAGCAGUAUUGACACAGUGGUUGAUCAGACAAUCGUUGACAGCCAUAGUGACAAUGAACUUACAGAAAAUGAUCCAACAUUUUCUAUUCUUAGUGAGAGAACAAAAGAAGACUGUCUUGACAGUUCAAAGACUUUGGAAGAAAGUGCUCAGUCUCUGAGCUCAUCUUAUGUGAAAUGCAUGAUUGAAGAAGCCAUGGAGGAUUUCAGUAAGACAGAAGACUCAGGAAGUGAUAACCAUUCUAAUGGUGAAAAAUCAGAGAGCUCAAAGCAGGAUUCCGAGCUAGAGAAAAGUAUUUAUAGUGGUCAUGAGUCCAGUGAUGAAAUAGAAACGACCACCUCCUCAGAUAUAGAAAUAAUUACUGCUCCAAGCUCUAAUGGGGAAAGUAAAUAUGGUAAUUCAUUUGAAAUAUCACCAAUGAAGAUUGUUUUACAGAGGUCUGUCCGCCAACAUGGACAUAGUCAAUCUGAUAGUCAGUCUAGUUCCAGCGCAAAUAGUAAAGGAGAUUUGGACAGACUAAGUCCUGAAAGAGAAGUUUUACCUUGGAAAGAAGAUGACUUUCAACAUCAUGAGUUACACAGAGUAAGCGAUGACAAUGUCAACAAUCCUUAUCACCCUGAACAGUUGCUCAAACUGUGUCACUUGGUUCUGCAGCACAAAGUUCUUGGGGGGCAGAAACUUGCUGAGAUGGCUGAAGUCUUACAGGCCAGAGAAAACAAACUGGUCCAGUUGAGUAAAGAUAACCAUCAACUGAUGGAAGACAAUAACAUUUUACGCUGUCAACUGCAGCAGUCAGAAGAAGCAAGAGAAGCUGAGACAGCUGACUUAAAUGCCUUAACAAAUGAAUUCACUGCUAGACUUUCAGAGGCAGAAAAAAAGCUGCAAGCUGUAAUCAAGGAAAAAGAAAAUCUGAAGCAAAAAUUAAACUUGACAGAAAAAGAAUUAGAAAAAAGGUCAGGAAGUUCAAGUCUUCAAGCUUUGUUGGAUGAAAAACAAGAGCAGGUUGUCCAGCUUCUAGCUGAAGGUGAGAAACUCAGCAAACAGCAACUUCAAAGUAGCACUAUCAUCAAAAAACUAAGAGCUAAAGAGAAGGAGAAUGAUGCAACAAUCACUUCACAGAAAAAGAAAAUUGAUGAGUUGACAAAAGAAGUUGAGAAAUUAACAUCAGUAUUGGAUUCAAGGGAGGACUUGGAAAAGAAACAAUCAGAUGCCAUCACUCAGCUCAAUGCUGCUGUACAGAGACAAGAGAAAGAGCUUGUUAAGCUUAAGAGUGAUUUAGAAGAUUCUCAGGAAAAGAAUAGAGGACUUCUUGCUGCCUUGGAUAAUUCUUACAAGGAGAUAGCAGAACUUCAUAAAUCCAACGCAUCACAAGACAGUAAAGCACAGGAGGCUGCACUGAGUGCAGAAACACAUGUCAGAGAGGAGCUGAAGGCAGCCAUGGAGAGAGAGCAGCAAAAGUUUAGACAAGACAGAGAAGCUUUCAUCAUGCAGAUUGAUGAUUUGAGGCUAGAGAUGGCAAGGCUUGAAAAAGAACAUAGCAGACGUGAAGAUUUAUUGAGGCAAGAAAUCACACAUUUACAAGAAGGUUUACAACAAAAUGAAGCCAGGAACCAAGAUUUGACCCAGUGUGUAACAUCUGCAACAAGGCCAUUAUUGAGGCAAAUUGAAAAUUUGCAAGCCACUUAUGGAGCACAAUCAGCCGCAUGGGAGAAAGUUGAGAAAACUUUGACAGAUAGACUUGCUGAAUCACAGACAGCAUUGGCUAUUGCACAGGAAAAAGAAAGAACAGCCACUGAACAAUUAAUGGAACUCUCAGCCAGAUCUACAUCUCUAGAGGCUUCCAACUCGAGAUUGAAACAAGAAAAGUUACAACUGGUUGCUCAAAUAGAAAAUGACAAAUCACAGUUGGAAGAAUUACGGGAUGCCAGAAACAGCCAUACAAUACAGCUGGAAGCUAAUAAACAAAAGCUGUCUCAAGAAGUCAAUCAGCUCAAAAUGGACAAGAUCCAGUUAGAGUCACAGCUAACUGUGGAGCAGGCAAAACUGGAGACAGAAAGGAAAAAAAAUAUUGCAUUGGAAGAACAGUUACGAUUGGCUCAGGAAAGGCCAAGGUCACGUGGGACACCUUCUCCAUCAUCAACUUUGUCAUUGAGUCGAAACAACAGCAUGAUUGGCAGUAUAAGUGAAGGUCAAUCCAACAAUAUCAUGCACUGGUCAUUUCAUGAUGACAGUGACUCAGGUUCGAUGCUUGGUGGACCCAGGGUUAGUGUAUAUGACAGCAUGCGACAAUCUGGGGCUGCUGCUGUUGUAGAAAAUCUUUCUUCCCAGCUGAAACUCAGAGAAGGUGAAAUUAUCCAGCUACAGAGUGAAAUAGGUCAACUGGAACGAACAAGAGAGUCUAUGGCCAGGGAACUUGUCAACCUCAGCAAUCAAAUAGAUGAGCUGUCAGAGGUCAAGGAGACAAACACAAAAUUACAAGAAAAUUUUAAUGAGCUAAAUGGUCGUUACAGCGCUAUACUACAGAUGUAUGGAGAGAAAGAGGAACAAGUACAGGAACUGAAAUUAGACUUGCAGGAUGUCAAAGAAAUGUACAAAUCACAGAUUGAUGCUUUACUUGCCAAGUGAACAUUCUCAGACUGGAAAACCAACAUCCGCAUGAUGUGCAACUUUUGAUAUUUGCUGAUAUUCAGUGAAUCAACAAAGAACUAUUGAGUUUAAUUAUUGAGCCUCAUGCUGUACAACUAGGACAAAUGACUAUUUGAUGAAUCCGCUUAGAGGCAGUGAUUUAGUAAAUAUUACAUUGACCACUAGUAUUUCUCUCCUAGAAACAGGAUCUGCAAACCUGCAGUCCACAGGAAACCUGCAGCCUUACAUAUAAAAGUUAUGCAUAGUUGCAAUUGUUGAUCCUUAAAAUGGUUGGAAAAGAGAAUAUCUAGCACAAGUCCAUGAGGGACACCAUGAUUUGUGGUGCUUAAAACCUAUUUAGAAAUUACAUGCUGAUGUAUUGGGGGUGAUUUGUUAGAAGUGACAGUUUACACUUAUGUCAGUUUAUGUACCAAAAAGUGUGACAUCGUAUUUUAAAUAUAAACCUACAAUAACUGAAAUUGUUGUGCUAGUAGACUAUUAAAGAGACAGGUGGGCCCUUCCCAUAAGACAAGCCAUUCACAAUUUAAUCUAAGCGUAAAGAUUAAUUGCAGUUUGAAUACUAGACAGUUGUCAUUCCCAGCUUUUUGUCUUAAUAAAAAUAUUUAUGCUCAUCUUCAAAAGAAUCUUCUUUCGAAGCCUAUUUCAUGUUAUGUGUACUCUCUGAAUCUUUCAGUGCAUUGUAAAAUACACUUUUGAACUAUUUGCUUAUAAAGAAUAUCUUAGGAUCAUCUGUUACACUGUUCUGCUUCAACUGGUGAAAUGAACAUCACCAGCUCUGACUGUGAUAUAUUUAAUACUUUUAACAUUGUCAUUCAAUCUUUUUUCCCUUCCUUUAACAUUUUUUUAAUUUAACAUUGUGGGAAGAUCAAGUUUUCUCUUGUUCAGUUUAAAAUCUCACAUUGUGGGAAGAUCAUGUUUUCUUUUGUCCAGUUUAAUUCUCACAUUGUGGGGAGAUCAUGUUCUCUUUUGUCCAGUUUAAUUCUCACAUUUUCUGCCUUAAGUCAUUUCUUUUAGCACUAAUGGAGAAACUUUUUUUUGCUGAUUAACUUUUCUGUUCAUGGAAUGUUUUAGAGAAACCAAUAUGUAUGUUUUGUGACCCAAGUUGUGGUAUGCUUAUGUUGGUAUAUUUUUAUAAUUUAUUACCUGGGGAAAUUUUAUUGUGGGUGUGCAAACUCAUUAAAUAUCAUCACUGGUA